AUGUCUCCGAAAGAGAAACCAAAAGAGGACUACACCCUCGAGGCGACAUCAUCUAAUAGUGGUGGAAGGAGAGCCAUAGGCAAUGACAAGCGUGCCCUAGUUGAGCAAAGACAGUUUCUGUAUGUUAGAAUUGUGAGAGCUAAUGGCUUGCCAGCAAACAAUGUGACUGACACUUGCAACCCUUUCGUUGGGCUAAAGAUUGGAAACAAUAGGCUUCAGGGUGGGAGAUUAGAGACCAUGGUGAAGGAUAUGAAAUCCUUCAAUUUGGGCGAUAUUCCUACAUGGUUUCCACCAGAUGGUCCAUUGGCUCCACGGUGGUAUAGAUUGGAGGAUCGCAGUGGGGUCAAGGUUGCGGGAGAGUUGCCGUUAACUGUUUGGAUGGGGAAUCAAGAUGAUGAUGCUUUUCCGGUUGCUUGGCAUUCUGAUGCAGCUGCUGAUUUGGCACCUACAGACAAGAAUAGGAAGCCCGAAGCUUAUGCCAAGGCUAUUCUUGGGAACUUCGUUUUGAGGACUACAGUUUCAAAAGAUAAGAGUCUGAAUCCUACUUGGGAUGAGGAAGUGAUAGUGGAGAAGAGAUUGCUGACUGGACCUAUUGGGUCUCAGUCGAUUAAUUUUGAGAGGUAUGUUGUGGAGUGUGAAGAGCAGAAAAAAGUGAAAGUUUGCCUGUGGGCUUCAUUUGAGGAUCUUUUUAGAUGGUGGUUGCUUCCUACGAAGUCCCGGGAAGGUUGUGGAGUCACCAAUGCUGAUGAUCGCGCAGCGAAAUAUGGGGAGAAGUGGGAUUUCUGCUCCAAGGGAGGGGAUAAGAAUGGAGGGAUGAAGGAUCCAAGACUCGGCAAGGAUUCAGCUGUCUACUCUCGAGAUGUCCUCUAG